UCGCUUAUUCCCCUCCCUCUUUCUCUGUCGCGGAAUCCUAUUGAUCGAAACGGGCUAAUUAGCAGUGUCUGCGCAAUUACGCACAUGCGCAGUAGGGUAAUCUCAGCCAUUUUUUGAAGGAAACUAAUUAGCAGGAAUAAAGAGCCAAGUGUUUUUUUCUCCUCAAUGAUCAGAACUCAUUCUACCUCUGGAGCUCGCGCACCCCUCCGUCCCCACGUUGUGUUUACUGUAGCCUACAUGUAGCUUUAAUUACACUGUUGUUAACUCGGCCGCCGACCACUCUCCCCUUCCCGUCCAGGAAACGUUUUGGACCAUUCGAAAGGAAUGAGUGGGCUUUCUCUGCGAUUGUUUUCUGGAUUACUACACAUUCGUUUCACGGAGCCUUUAACCAGUACCGCGGCAGACAUGUGUGGCAGUGAUGUGUGGUCGCAGUAGCCGGUGGCAUGGACCGCGGUGAGGGGGGGGGGGGCGGAGGGGAGGAGCGGGAUGCCGCCGCCGCCGCCGUCGACCUCCACCCACAGCCUCUCUCGCCUCCUCUGCUGACCCCCGGGGUCGUCCCCGAGCAGGGGUCGUCCUCGCGUACCUCCGCCGCCACGGCCCCCGCCAAAGAGCCCCCCGCCGGGCCCCUCCCGGGGCCGCAGGGGGCAGGGGGGUCCCCGGCCGGAGAGCAGACCCAGGGGGGUGCGGCGGGAGCAGGGGGGGGCGCUGGGUGUCAAGACCAGGGGGUGACGAUGAUGAAGGAGGAGGAGGAGGAGGAGGAGGAGGGCAGCAGGGAGGGCUGUUUGUUUGAGCUGGGGACGGGGAGCGAGGAGGAGCGCGCCAUUGUGGGGGACGAGGGGGUGUUUUUUAAAGGGGGUCUCCUCCCGGCAGCCCUCCGAAGCAGAGAGGAGGAGGAGGAGGAGGAGGAGGAGGAGGGGGAGGAGGAGGAUACAGAGGAGGCCACAGAGGAGGCCAUCUCAAACCAAAGCCAAACCAAAUCCAAAUGUUCUUUAUUACCUCAACUGAGCCAGCAUAGCUCUUCUUCCAGCGCUGCAGCGGCCCCCGGAGGCGCCCUCCACGCCAGAGCUCCAGCCCUUCCAAAGCCCCCCCCCCCCACUCCUCCUCCUCGCUCCCCCUCUCCAAAGCACUUCCCCGGCCCCCCCCCCUCCACCCCCCUGCCGAGCGAGACGGCGGCGGGAGACACCGAGGGAGGGCGCGGCUGGAUCUCUGGCUUCCCCCCGAGCUUUAAUUCCCAGCGGUCCGCCUCGCCCUCCCCGCCGAUGGGACCCGGUGAGGCCCCCCGGCCGGCCGGGCCCCCCCCCCACUCCGCCGCGGUCGCCCCCGGCGACGCCAAAGCUCCAGAACCAAACGACGGGCCGCCGGAGAGAGGGGCGGGGGACGAGGACGGCGGCGACGGCGGCGACGGCGUCCUCCGGACCCUCAGCCACGACCUCUCCCCCGGCUCCCUCACCAGUCACAUGACCAUAAUGCACUCGCGCAACUCCUGCAAGACCCUCAAGUGUCCCAAGUGCAACUGGCACUACAAGUCGCAGCACACGCUGCAGCUGCACAUGCGGGAGAAGCACCCCGAGACGGGCGCCGGGUGCGUGUGCUCCGGGGGCGGCGCCGGGGGGAAGUGCGUGUGCGGCGGCGGCGGCACGGGCGGCGCGUGCUCCUACUGCGUCUCCGGCAAGGCGCACCCCCGCCUGGCGCGCGGCGAGACGUACGCCUGCGGCUACAAGCCGUACCGCUGCGAGGCGUGCGACUACGCCACCUCCUCCAAAGGCAACCUCAGCAUCCACAUGCAGUCGGACAAACACCUGAACAACGUGCAGAGCGGCGGGCUCGCCGGCGGCGGCGGCGGCGCGGCCUCCCAGAGCCACUCGCCGGAGGAGCAGGUCUACAAGCUGGCGCUCCCGCUGCACGCCCCGCCCCCCAGCCAGCCCGCCAAGCUGGCCCCGCCCCCGCCGCCGCAGCAGCAGCAGGCGCACGCGGCGGCGGCGGCGGGGAAGCGGUGGCGCUGCGACGUGUGCGACUACGAGACCAGCAUCGCCCGCAACCUGCGCAUACACACCACGAGCGAGAAGCACACGCACAACAUGCUGCGCCUUCAGCGCGGCUUCUACCUGUCCCACUGCCGGAGCCUGCCGCCCGGCCUCAAGCACCUGCAGAGCGCAGGCGGCGAGCUUCCUCUGGGCCUGUGCGGCAGCGGGCCGACGGCCCCGGACGUGUCCCUCGCCACGCUGGGCUCCACCCUGACCCCGUCCCCCUCCCCCUCCCCGUCCCCCCCCCUGGCCCCGCCGCUGUCCCCCGGCGGCGGGGGUCUCUCGCCGGGCGUCUUCCACUGCCUGGUCUGCUCCAGCUUCUCCUCGGACGGCCUGGAGCCCGUGGAGCGGCACCUGGCCGCGGCGCGCUCCCUCCCCCAGGCCGAGUGGUGCUCCCUGGUGGCGGGGGGCUGCCACUGCAGGCUGUGCGCCUACACCACCCCGCUGCGGGCCAACUUCUCCCUGCACUGCCAGACGGACCGGCACCGCGCCCGCUACCAGCUGGCGGCCCACAUGCGGGAGGGCGGCGACCGGGCCCCCGAGGAGGCCGCUGCCCUGGUGGCCAAGGGCCACCCGGUGCAGCUGCGCUGCAACCUGUGCGACUACGUGACCAGCAGCCUGGAGAAGCUCCGGGGACACGCCCUCAGCGGCCACCACGAGGCCAGCGUGCGCGUGUACCGGUUCCUCCAGCAGUACGAUGGCGACGUGGACGGGGGUGCGGGGCAGUUCCACUGCCUCCUGUGCAGCCACUCCUCCUCCUCGAAGGUCCAGCUGCUCAAACACAGCCAGACUGCCACUCACCAACAGAGGGAGGGGCUACUGCAGCUGCAGCCAAUGGGAGGAGAGGAACUGGCAGCAAUUUUCACCAUCAGGAAAAGCCCUGACGGUGUCAGAGGAGAGACGAGCGAGGAUAUGGAAACUUCCAGCGAGACAAACGAAGGCCCUCCGGUCCAAACCAAAGACACGCGCAACUUGGGGGUCGAGCAGAAUUCUCGAAAGACCUCAGGAGACGCACGCAGCGGCACGGAGAGGGAAAAGAGGAACGCCACGCCCCCGGCAAAGCGUCCAUCUUCUGGAAGCGAGGAGACCAAGAGCCCCCCCUCCCCCAAACGCCCCAAAAUCCACCAGCAGAACGAGAACCAGCAGACGGCCCAGUGCGCGCUGUGCCAGGUGAGGCUGCCCUUCACCGCACUCCGGCACCACCUCACCUACGUGCACAGCGUCGCCCAGGACUGCGUGGACAAGCUGAUCAGCGCGGUUGCACCAUCCGUGGAUCAACUGGAGACUCAAACCAAGAUGGAGUACGAUUAUCAUACGGAUUUCCAAAAGAAUAACUCUAAUAACAACAUAAACACAAAUGGCUCCAAUUCCCCCACCACCGUGGAAAAUAUGAGAAACACAGAAGAGUUCCGGGAGAGCACGGAGGCACACGAGGCCACGCCCAAAGACGUGACCGCGCUCCUCACUCCCCCCUUGGAAGAGCCCGCCUCCCUCCCCGCAAACAGCCGGCCCUCCCCUCCGUCUCCCAGCCAUCACCCUCCCUCCUCCCCCCCCAACUCCCCGCCCAACGAGCCGCCUCCCCCCUCCGAUCGCCAUGGUUACCGCUUCCGUUGCAGCAGGUGCAGCCUGGCCUUCCCCACCCAGGAGAAGCUGCAGGUGCACUGGCAGUACCACGCCAUGCGGGCGGCGACAGAGUGCCCCCUGUGUGCGAGACGCUGCCGCAGUCAGGAAGCCCUGCAGAGGCACAUGCAGAACACCCACUCACAGCUGGACUCUGCCAACCCCCAGAGCGCCCCCAUGCCGCCGCACACCGCCCAAACCCAGCUGGAGCUCACGGCCGUCGGACAGGACGUUAGGUUAUCGCCUCCUGUGGGCGAGGAAGCAGACGAGGAAGAGGAUGAUGACAUGGAGGCCGAAGCACUGGUCAUGGAGAAGAAGGAAGUCAAGACAGAGGAAAGGAAGGUGGAAGGAAAGGACACACAGGUCGGGGUUAGUGGAGCUCAAGAAAACAUUCUGGAUUUGGGGAAAUGCCUCCAGGCCGAAACUGGAUUGGAACCCACUCCCAACUUUUAUAUGAAAAAGGGUUCAAACCCAACCAUGGACCGCUAUUUAGACCCCGCCAGGCCCUAUAAGUGCACCAUAUGUUCAGAAUCCUUCACCCAGAAGACCAUCCUAUUGGUCCACUUCAACUCUGUUUCCCACCUCCACCGAGCCCGACGGGCCCUGCAGGAAUCCGGCCCCGGCCAGACGCACCCCGACCCCCCCCGCGGCCCAGACCCUAGACCCUACCGCUGCCGGCUCUGCGGCGUCGGCUACAGCCAGAGCUCCACGCUGGACAUCCACCUGCGCUCCGUGCUCCACCAGACCAGAGCUCGUGCUUCUCAGAGCGCCGCGCCGCAGAUCCCGGCGUUUGGUUCCACCGCUCCGGCGCCGGUCAACUCCACCGCAGCUCAGACCGCUGUCGCCAGCGAGGGUACCUCCACGAGCAUCCCGUCAGCCAAGAAGGCGGACCCCGCUGCGGCGCCGCCCAUCUCCUCCUUGAUAAGCACCGCGGCCGAGGCCCAGCAAGCCCUUCACAGCCAGGCCGAAAGCCAGCUGGCUAAGAGGUCCGCCGAGUUGCUGUCCUCCAGGAAUCAGAUACUGCUAAUGCAACAGCACCAGUUAGCCCAGGCACAGGCCCAGUUACAACAGCACACUUCCCUCCUUCAGUCUCAGCUCUUUAACCCAGCACUGCUGCAACAUCUGCAGUUAGGACCAGAGAGUCUGCUGAAGCAGCACUUCUCUAUAGCGCCAGAUAACCUUCUGUCCCUGCAGCAGCAACUUCUGCUGCCCUUUUACCUCUCUGGAGAGAUGAAGCUUAACCCAGAGUUAGUUCUUAAGAGCCUAGAACUUAACCAGACCGAUUCCUGUAUCACUGCCCUGAUGGAGCAGCUUAACCCAAAGGCUACGAGAGAGUCCACCCCUCAUGUUGAAGAGAAACCCACCCAGAGGCAAACCCCAACCUCAGCUCAGUCCCCGCUAAACGAGAGUGUGGAGAGUGAGGGCAGGGUGAAGCCACGCGGUGGUGGCUCUGUCAUGACCCAGAGCGAGCCAGAGUACAACAUACCUGGUCUCAAGGAAGAGAAAGGAGAGGGCACGAUCCACGUCGUCAAAUCCGAGAAGCAGAGGGACGAGACGAAUCAGGUCGAUUGCUCGCCCCACAAGCGCUUAGGACUUGAUUGUCCCCCUCCUAGGGUUCCCUACGCUGCGGCGAACGGGGAGCCACUCAGAAGCCUUCUGCAGAGUUACGGUUACGAACUGGCACUGCAAUACAUCCAGAGCAGGCAGAGGCACCAGCUGAAGAUCAACCACAUGGUGCCAGAGGGACACAAGUGCCUUGAGGAGAAGCAGGCCUAUCUAGACAUGAGGAUGAAGGACUACAUAGAAUUCAAAGCUGGCAAAGCUGAAGGGUGUGAGGGAGCCCUAAAAGGGGAAGGAGUAAAUGGGGAAAGGAUUGAUGGCUCAUUAGAGAAGAAAAAGGAGAAGGAACAGGAAACAUUGCAGAAAGAAGAGAAGGAAAAGUGUCUGGACUGCGGUAAGAUGUUCUCAGAUGCGUUGGUCCUCAAGACCCACCAGGAGUACCUACACAGGCAGCUCUUCCCCACAGCGGUGCUGGAGAAGUUCUCAAAAGAGUACAGGCUGCAGUAUGACCAACUCUACCCACUCGCAGAGUCAAAGUCUGAGGAGAAACCUGCUGAUGCUCAACCAACACCAAAACCAGAUUCAGAACCAGAGCCCGGGCUAGAACCAGGUGAACAAAAACCUGCUACAGAUUCAGAGCCCAACGCUAGAAUAUUGGCUCCUGUCAGCGAUUUACCACCAACCACCCCAGUAAGCACUCCUUCUCCAUCUCCUCAACCGCAGGCCUCUCCCAAACAUGAGGGCCCCCUCCCAAGCCCCUCUCCUCCAGCGAUCUCCCAAACCCCCUCCCAGGGCAUGGGCCUACCCAAACUUUCUCUUCCAUUGCCCCAAUUCCCCCUCUCUUCCCUCCCCAUGCCCCCGAUGUCGUUCCCCAUGGACAUGCCCUUGCUUCCUUCUGUUGUGAUGCAGUCCAUGGGUCUUCAGUCCCAACCCUGGCUGGACUCUGCACUGACGUCUGAGAUGGCAAAGCUGUACCAGUCGCAGCUGAGCCCCACACUGCUCUCCAACCAGGCCGACCUCGGCCCCGCUCUGUUAGCCCAACAGUCCCAGAUGAACCACAUGAUGCUAGCUCAGCCCUCGCAUCAUAGCCCUGUGCUCCAGCAUCCUCAAGGAACGUCCACCAUGCACGACCCCCAGCAAGGCAAGCGGCCUCGCACACGUAUCUCCGAGGAGCAGCUGGGUGUUCUACGGCAACACUUUGACAUUAACAGCCUCCCCGGGGAUGAAGACGUCAUCAAGAUGUCCUCCAAGUGCGGGCUGCCUCACAAGGUCAUCAAACACUGGUUCCGCAACACCCUGUUCAAAGAGCGCCAGCGAGACAAGGAUUCCCCCUAUAACUUCAACAACCCUCCCACUACGGUGUUGGAUGAGCCCCCAGAGGAAGUGGCACUACUGCAGGUUCUCACCGAGGCCGCGUCGUCCAUCUCCCCCGGUCUGCCGACCAACCAUUCCCCACAGCCCCAGAGAACGGACCCCCCCAGAGGCGAGCCGAACCGGGGCCGUCGGUCCUCUCGUACCCGCUUCACGGAGGGCCAGCUGGAGGCGCUGCAGAGCGUGUUUGAGGCCACCCCCUACCCCAGAGAGGAGGAGUACGACAGGCUGUCCGCCCUGCUGUCCCUCCCCAACAGAGUCAUCGUUGUGUGGUUCCAGAAUGCCAGGCAGCGGGCUCGUAAGAGCCAAGAGAAAGGGGAAGAGGACGGGCCAGAGGGCAGAGCAAAGGUGGAAGACACCCAGAGGCGAAGCCGCGGGGGGCACAAGAAUGACACGGAGGAUGACUGUGGGGAGGAGGGCCUUGGCGACAGGCAGAAUGAAAACUCCAUGGAUUUGGCGUACGAGUAUUACACCCAUGCGGACUCCCCUGUUGAUGCAGAUUCUCCAACUCAUCGCACAGAGAGUAAACAUGAGAUAGUCAACGGGAAGCAAAAAGCGCUUGGUAAGAUGCAGGAUGAAACUGCAGCAGCUCAAGCUGAGAAGAUGCAUGGCCCAGUUUUACAAAUAAAAACCGAGAUCCCAGAAGCAGAGAAACAGAACCAAAAUAAGGCCUGUACAAGAGUAAUGCCAACACCCAAACCCCAGCCUAAGCCAGAACCACCGUCAGAGAAACCCCAACACACUUCUGGUUCAUCUUGUGAUAGAACGAAAGCUAGUGUUCCAACUUCCUCUCCGUUCAGCCAAGAUAACACCCGUCCCAGCUCUGCUCCAGCCAUAGACAGGCCUGCUCAGUCUCCUCUCAACCCUCCCUCCGAGUGUGAGACGGACAGAGCCUGCAUGCCUGACGCCACCACGGGCCGGUCCGCCCACCUCCAUCCACAGAGCUCCCUGCAGCACCAAUCCCCGACCCAGUUCCAGUGCUCAUUUUGCCCCAUGUCUCUGCCUUCGCCACAGCUGUGGCAGGAGCACCAGACCAGGCACCUGCUGGCCGCUCAGUCCCAGGUUCAGCUCAUGCACCCUGGCUUCUCAGACCGAACCAUGCCUUACAUGAUGAUCCACCCUAACCAAACCCUCAUGGCCAGCCAGCUGCUGGCCAGCGCCAUGUCUCAGAUGCACCCCAACCCGGCGCAUCCCAUGCUUCCCCAAAUGAACGGCCUGCACCUCAACAACACACUCUCGGAUCACCUGAGCAACAGCCUCUCGGGCCUGCCUCAUGCGUCCAUGUCUUCGGGGAAGCCGAGUUCAAAGGUAUUGAACGACGUGAGCUGUGAGGGCCAGGGAGGUGGGAGAGAGGUGGAGGACGACCAGAGGAGGGACAAGAGGCAGAGGACCACCAUCACACCGGAGCAGCUGGAGGUUCUGUACCAGCGCUACAGCCUGGACUCCAACCCCACCAGGGGAGUCCUCGAGAGCAUCGCGCGCGACGUCGGCCUCAAGAGACGCGUGGUUCAGGUUUGGUUUCAGAACACUCGCGCCAGAGAGAGGAAAGGACAGUUCCGCUCCACCACGACGGGCACCAGCUUCAGCCUUGGCUUGAAUCACCUGCGCUGCCUCUUCUGUAGGGCUCUCUUCAAGGUCAAAAGUGCCCUCGACGCCCACAUCAGGUCCCGGCACUGGGCUGAAGCCGAGAGGGCGGGCUACAACCUGUCUGUCAGUAAUGGCUCCGCCAGCCAGCUAGGCAUGUCUAUGUCCUCUCUCUUGGACAACGCCGGCCCGUCUGCCUCCUGCGGCCUCAGCCCCAACCCGGGCUACGUCAUGAGCCCCAAGGAUCGCCUCGCGAGGCCAUUGAUGCCCUCCCACUGCUCAGCCAUUGAACCAAACAGCCCCGAGGAAGAAGGGGCGUACGAGGAAGAGGAGGAGUACCCAUGCGACGAGGGCUCCAGCGUGGCCGAACAAGGGUCGCUGAGUCCGGACGGCAUCGGGGGUCCGAGCGGAGACUGGGGCGAGACCCUCUCCCAGAGGCAGUACCAACAUCAGCAGCAGCAGCAGCGGCAGCGGACCCAGAUGAGCCACUUCCAGGUGCUUCAGCUCCGAGACUUCUACCGGAGCCACCGGACCCCCAACCGGCAGGAGUGUGAGGCGCUGGGCCAGGACCUCGGUCUGCCCCACCGGGUGGUGCAGGUGUGGUUCCAGAACGCCAGAGCCAAGGAGAAGAGGGCUCGCAGUAUGAGCUCUGACCCUGCCGACAGAGAGCAGGCGGAGCUCUCCGCCGGCGCCGGGGAGAGAGACAGAGCUUAGAGAGGCACACAGGGAUCAUUUUUGCUUCCUCAAACUAAGUUCUUUCCAAACCCUCCCCCUACCUACAUCACCGCACACCCCCCACUCCCGACCUCACACCUUCCUGUCAACCCGUACCCUGUCCCGCUUUGCUGCCAAACCAGAACCCUGAACACCCCAAAGAGGCGGCGCCACAACGGCCCAAAGAAGCUCUUUCAACUCCCAAAGUACGAGAGCGUUCCAACCCGAACACACAGCUUUUUUUCCUCCUCGUCUCUUCAUCGAACGUCCUUCUCCCUGCCUGUUCCCCAACCCCCCCCCCCCCCCCCCCCCCCCCCCCGCCCCCAGCUCGAGAACUACACCCCUCCAUGUCUCGCCAGACACAGAACCAAAACCAAACGCCGUAUUUAUUUAAACAACCAGAUGCCACAGAGGCCAAAGAACAUUCUCCAAGUGUGUGACCUCACUGCCCAGCUAGACCUGCUGUCUACCUCUCUAGUCUCCGUGACGGGCUGACCACGGGGCCCUUCUACAGACAGUUCUCGUCUGCUAGCUGUGUAGUAGCAUGUAGCCGGUCGCGACUCGACUGGAAUGAAAAGAAUUGUCAAAGAGAUUUUAGUGUAAAUAGGAGAACUCCAAAAGAGAAACUUGAAGGAAAAAAAAAACAAAACAAGCAGUCAACGGAUGACGAUGAACUGAAGGAAAAACAACAAAAAAAAAAUACAAAAAAAAGUAAUAUCCUUGAAAUGGACUGAGGUAUUCACAAAGAGCUUUUACUGUCUCAGAUUCCAAAGCUCGUAACCAAAAUUUUACAUGUCUGUGGGUUUAGUUUCAACAUGUUGGUUUUUCAUUUUCAAAAAUGCAGCGCUGACGUCUGUGAAAUAAGUGGGUGAAACCUGCGGCUAGCGUUGCUGCGCAUCGCACCAAAAGACUGACCUGGUGCCGUGAGCCAGCUCCACAAGCCAAUGAUGAGUCUUCUGUCCUGUACAUCUGUGUACACCGUGUAUGUUCCUUAAGUGGAUAAUGACCCAAAUAGCACAGAAAGCAAAGGCCAGUUUGUCCCAAAAAGGACAAACUAUUUUUAUAGCACUCAACCAUUAUACUGUAUAUGAAAACAUUAACCAAACUCGAAUUUACAUUGUGUGUGUUUAGUAAUAGUUUCUUAAUAUAAAAAUCGUAUGGAUUGAGAUAAAACUGUCUUGCUUCGAUAUAAUAGUGUCAUGAUUAUGAGAAAAAUGAUGACAGCUUUGAUAUGUUAGGGUAAGGUGACUUACUGCCUUUCCUUACUAUUUGAAUAUACCAAUGGCUUACCAAUGUUAUGUGUUUCAAUGUAAAGCUUUCUAUGCUCAGGACUACAGUUCAACUUGGCUCUCUUUCAAAGGUGACCAUAAUACUACUAUAACAGUUUUCUGUUUUCACAACAGAAGUGGCAUGCUUUAACCCGGAAGUAUUACAAGAUAUCUAAUGAACACACCUCUGUAAUUCAAAGAUCUGAGCUUUUCACCUCCUUGAGUAGUAGAUUGUUCCACAAACCUUAUUAAGACUUAAAGUGUUUAAUAGUGUGAGGGGUAAAUGUACAGUAUUUAGCUUUUGUAUGGUUGACUCAUUGGAUGUUUGUGAAACAGUUCCCGUUCCUUCGGAUUGGGGAGCGUCCGCGCAAAACUGAGAGAGAGAAGAAAAAAAACCAACUUUGGAUGUUAUCAAUGUUAUUUUUGUACACUUGAGUUCCUUUGUCUUUCUUCUUCUAACCGUUUUUUCCACUUCUUUCCUCUUCCUCUCUUUCCUUCUUUUUUUCCUGUUUAUUUGCAACCAGUCUUUUAUUCUAACUGUAAUAAUGAAAAUAUAACAAUAAUAGCUAAACAAUAAUGAAUGCUUUAAGACAAAAAUCCAAAGACGUGAUGAUACUUUACCGUAUGAACUACAAAAAAGCGCUACUGUUUACCUUGACGACGUGUUGCUAUUUUUAAAGAAGGAAAGAGUCCCUAUAUUUAAGCUACUGUUUUCUGCCUCUCAAUAAGCACACUGGAGACUGUAACCAAAACACCAAACUAGAGCCAUGGCAGUCUGUAAUAUAGCGGUUGAAAAGUUUUACUCCUUCAAAAAAGAAUUUGCGGUUUGUUUUUGUUAUUCUGUUUUUUUCUUUCUUACCAGUGUUGAACUUCAGCCCUUAAGGAUGUCCAGUUUGCUGCUAAUGUACUGUAGUUUCUAACAAUACUGUAGAAAGAUGCAUGCUCCGAUCGCUUUACCCGUUAGGCUUUAAUAACUACAAACUGUAAAGAUACCUUGAAGCUGUUGAUAACAUGCCUACGUUAUUCUGUCACAUGCAUAUGUUCUGAGUUGGAUUCCAUCGUUGGCGUUCUGUAUCUAAUAAUUAUCCGUCGCCCAAAGAGCUGAACAAAACGAUUUUUACCACUUUGCAAUUGUUAUUUAAGUUUUUUAUUUUGAAAAACAUUUCUUAUUAAGGUUGUAACGAUACACAUUUACAAAUGUAAUGCAUAUGUUUAAAUCCGAUUUUCUUUCUUUGACGGUUAAUACACCGGUAGAUAAAUUGGGUUAGGAUUUCUUUCUAAGGUGCUGAUUAACCCGUGUGUGUAUUGACGAAUCUUCUUGAGAUAUUAACCAAAAGCAAGAUGAGCUAGGUUACAUUUUCUUUUUAGUGCAUUGUACUGAACAUCAUCUUAUUUAACAUUCUGACUGAGGACUGAAAUCGUUACAGCCUUAAUACUUCUAUUUCUUAGCCAAUACACACUCACACACACAAAUGAUGAAACCUAUUUUGAUACAGAACAGCUAACUGAUGAAACUAACAUUUCUACCAAUAUAGUAUUUGCCUUUCUUUUUGUUUUUCACAAUGUCCAUUCGUCCAGAUCAGACGGCUCUACUGAAACCAUCGACCCAGACGUCCCGCUCCCCUAAAGUCCAACGUUUCGCUCUUUAAACCAACCAAUGUUUACGACGACACCAAUGAGCUUUUUCUUGCGUAGAAAGACGUGCAUUCCAAACACGACCGAGGCAGUGUCUGUUUGAUUCCUUCCAUGCUCCUUCCUGUUACCGUCGGUCCAGCCGCCCCCCCUAGCCCUCGGGACUGUAAGAUGUACAUAUUGGGUCCUCCGUGGUGACGGGAGGCCCUCGUCCUUCCUGUAGGUAAAACUACACGGUUCCAUUGGUUUUUCCUUUUUUUUUAUUUCCUGGAGAUGUUGUUGCCAUAGUGAUGACCAAAAAGAUACCUGUGAUGUGCACCUGUCCUUAUGUCCUGCUCCAGUGGUAUUAGUAUGUCUACCCCCCCCCCCCCCAACCUAACCCCCCACCACCAAACCCUUACUGGUGUGUGUGUGUGUGUCCCCUCCCCCCGUUUCUCCACUGAGGUAAAAUAAAGUCAGAUGUGGUGCACGC